GGUAUACUUAAUCAUAAUGAAUGAGUUUUUUGUUCCUGCUGAACAACCAGUAAUUAUAAUAUAUAGAUUAUAUAGUCAAGAGGGAUAUCACAGGCUACAUGGCCAUGAAGUAUCAGAUAUUAUACGAAUACAAUAUGAUUCCGUCGAUAAGAAAGCGCAUGAUCGACAAGACUUUUCGACAAGACGGUUAUCGCAGAGCUGCCGGUGGGAAGUCUCGUGUCUCGUUCCCCGAUGUCGACGACAUGAAUAAUAAAGUCAAUACAAAUACUAUCGACACACUGAAACACGAUUUGGACAAGCCACCAUCUCCGAGCCAAAAUGCAGAGGACCACCAGCGGCUGCAGACCUAUCAAGUGGCAUAUGCAGGUCCGUCUACAGGUGGUCGCCGUCGUUAUCGGCCAUCCUCGAGGAUCGACAGCCUGGCCAAGCCCCUGGCUCGGUUGCGAAAACCGUCGAUUCGGCUGAGUGCCGUUUUCCGGGGAGUUGAUCACCAGAUUCCGUGGUGCAAAAAGGGCCCAAACGUUCCCAAUGAUAAACCUCAAGUAGUGUGCGGUCACCCACCGCCACUACCACAACGAAACAAAACAGGGGUGUCACGUGCUGCUCUGAAAUACGAGGCUUCAGAGCACAUUAAACGAUUGGCCAAGCACCGUCCAACGCCGAAAGUGGACGACGAAAAGAAGUGCUUCAUGGUGAAGCCAUUGUCGCUUAUUUACAAGCCGUCGCUCCGUAUCCAACAACUCUCCAAGCCCCGGAUCCGCGAAGUGAAGACGUGA